GAAAGCAGAAGACAAGGCCCAGGCCAGUUCAGAAUUUGCUGAUAUCCGAGUGGAUGAGAUUCCUGAUAUUCCGUUUCAGAACUUUUUGUACCGAGGCCAGAAGGUGGAGGAAGAAAGCAAACAGAGCAAAGCUCAAGAAGAAAUUGAAGCAAAACCGGAAAAGAUCAGCCCCAGACGAAAGGAUUCCAGGAAUAGGCGACCUGUGGUGUCAGCUUCUGGGCGUAAACUCAAAGGCAGAGGGGUCAUUCGAUUCCGCAGCCGCUCACGCUCCACUACUCCACCACACUGGAAACAGGAACAAAGAAGAGCCAUCCCCAUGCACAAGGCCAAGGAGAUGGAAGAGAAGAAGUGGAGCAAAGGCGAAGCUAUUGCGGCACCAAGUUCCCACAGAAAGGAAGAGAAGAAGUGGAACAAGAGGGAAGAUAUUGAGGCACCAAGUUCCUACAGACAGGACCACAAGGCUACAUUAUCAGCUGGCUCUGUGGGUAGAAGGCAUCAUUCCAGUGAUGUUGUGGAGCCAGAGAAAAGCCUCGAGAAUGGCAAACAUAAAAGAAGUCCAAAAGACAAGGAUGACAGCAGAAAAGAGAAGAAGAAAAAAAGAUCUGGUCUAGACAUGUCCAGUCAUGAUGACAAAGUUGAGAAGAAACCAAAGGACAAGGGCCCUAAAGAUCAGUCUGAAGACAGUGACAUUGAGACUGGCUCUGGUUGUGAGGAUGGGGAGAUCACAAGUAGACAGGACAACAAUCUAGCAAAAGAACGAAGCAAGGAAGCACGCAGUAGACGUGAGAAAGAAAGAAAUCGGUCUGACUUCUCCUCUCCAGAUGCUAAGAAGGGUAGCAGAUCUGAAAGACAUAACACGAAGUUGGACAAAACAACUGAUCGCGGAGAGAGAAAAGAUUCACAGAAACGUGAGAGGAGAAACAGUUGGUCCAAGGACAAAAGUCGAGGUUCUCGUGAGAGACGUGCCUCAUAUUCUACCCAAGCAGACAGUUCAAACACCAGCAAGAGUGCUAAACAUGGUCAAGAAGAAUCACUACGCCGUCAGGAAAAGAAACCCGACAGAUUUGAGGAUGCAACAUCCAGACAACGAAAAAACAGAUCCAGGACACCAAAACGGUCAGCGAAAUCCAAGUGGAAUGAUGGGAAACAUUCACGGUCAAGGUCCAGGUCUCCUGCCUUCAGGAGAAAGCCUUCCUAUGAUGGCAAGCACCAGUCCAGAUCUGAAGAGAAGAGGCCGUCUCGAUCUCAGUCUAAAAGUGAUACCCGUUAUAAGUGGCGAGAUGAGAGGUCACGGGAUCUGAAGAAGCGGCGGCCGUCUGAGUCCAGCAGUUCAGAGGAUAGAGAAGACAAGAGAAGGAAAAAAGACAAUAGUUCACCAGGUAAGACACUCAAGAAUGGCAACAGAGCUGACAAACUCCAGAACCCACUGGAUGAGGCAUCCUUGUCCAUGCUGCAGGAGACGGAAGCAUUUCUCAAAGCUCAGUUGGCAGCAGAGAAUAUCGACGAGAGCCUCUCAGUAGCAGGUUCAAACACUGUUACCAGCAACUCCAAGAUACUCUACAAGUUGGACUCUGGAGAGCAGAUACAGUACAAUGUCACUUCAGAUCAUCAGUCUUCGGUAACUGCUGCUGGAGACAGGAAGCAGGAAGGUCAAGCCAAGUCCAGGGCACUAGCAAGAUCCUCCAGCAGGUCAAGGUCACAGUCUUCAUCCAGAAGUUCUUCUAGAUCCAGGUCACGGGCCAAAGAGCUGAAGGCAAAGGUCAGCAGGGACAAGAAACAGAGAAGGUUUGGGGGACAGAUGAAGUGGGAGCCUCCUUUAGAACCUGAAGAUGCUGACAGAGAUCCUGAGCUGUCACAGUCACUUUGUGUCUUCAUGUCAUUUAUUUGUUUCAGGCAGAAACAUCAGAAUACACCACUGGAGAAUGCCCCCCGGCUGGCUGUGAGAAGGUCAAGUUCAUCAUCGCCAUCACCAGCCCGAGAUAAACAUAGAUCUAGAUCACACUCUAGUUCCAGAUCUGUGUCACAUUCCAGAUCUGGCUCAGAGUCGCCGUCCCAUUUGAGGGCAUCACUUCUGGAGCAGAAGAGACACAAGGCCAGUAUGGGAGAAGAAAACAUUCGGACAGAGCCAGGAGAAAAUGGAGGGAGAGCAGCUGUGAAUGAGGAGAGACAAAUAAGUGUUGGAAGCAGAGAUGUAAUCAAUGAAGACGGCCAGCUGGCUGGUGGAGAGAAGAGACCAGCCCAGGAUCUGGAUAGAGACAGGUCUAGGUCAUCGUCAUCAUCACCAGAGCCUCCCCCUGUCAUACCUCGGGUACAUCGAUCCCACUCCUCAUCUGCCAGCCUUGCUGAACUUCCCCCUGGCCAGACUGAACUUUCUGCGGAAACUGUAGCUGCAGGUGAAACUGUUGUGCCUGAGACUUCAGAUGCAGUAUCUGCUUUACCUUCUGAUGGCUGUGUUCAGUCCCCGCAGCAUCCAGCAGACACUCCACAAGACAGCUGUGGAGACACCAGUGUUCCAUGUGUGGGCAUGCAGGAUUCAGCUAGGCUGCUGUCAGAUAUGCCACUGGAUGCCAUAUCUGAUCCUCACACCUCAGUUCUUGUACGACCACCUCCAUUGCCACCAUUACCAGGAUCCUUGUCUGCUCCAGCACUGCCCCCUGUACCCAUUGAUAGACCUGUGUCCACUUCUGCUCCAGCCUUGCCCCCUGUACCCAUUGAUAGACCUGUGGCCACUUCUGCUCCAGCCCUGCCUCCUGUACCCAUUGAUAGACCUGUGUCCACUUCUGCCGCUGUGGCUGCAGCCCCUGUACCAAUUGAUAGGCCAGUGUCUACUUCUGUCCCAGCUCAACCACCUGUACCCAGGGACUUGUCUGAAAUUAAGUCUAUCCCCAUGCCUCCAUUGGACCACAAAGAGGCGGUGUUGGCUGCAGCAACACUGGACCCUCUGCAGCUGGCUAAUGUCCCCUUACCAGCAGAUCUCGGCACCAGCUUGGACAAAGCUUGCAAGAAAUGUACCAGUAUAACAGACUUGGAGACAGCAGCAGACUGCAACAAACCCCUCUCAGCACAGACUCUUGCGGACACUACUGAGGCUAGCAGAGCUUCACAAAUCCCAGCAGAAAGAAGGUCCAGGAGAAGUGGCAGUCAGUCAGAUCAAUCUAGGGGAUCAUCUUCAUCUUCUUCAUCGUCAGGAAAGAGAACAAGGAGAGUUGUUCCUGCCAGUAACAAGCCUAAUGACAAGGAUAGUGAGAAGACUGUUGACUCACAGAUGCAACAUACAACAGAUACAAAUAGAGAAACAACAAAGAAACACACCAAGGAGGCUGCCUCAAAUAAAUCAUCAAAGUCCUUGGAAACAGCAGCAGCUGCAAAAUCCAAACAUUCAGAGAAAACAGCAUCUAUUGAUCAGGAAAGUUCUAGAUCAAAAAGACCUAGUAGCUCCUCCGUUCGCAGUAAAAAACAAUCCAAGAGUCGUUCCCGGUCACAGGAUAAGAAGGCUCACAAGAGGUCACCAACAUCAGUCAGUAGGCGAAGGUCAUCUUCAAGGAGAGACAGAAGAACUCCCCAUAAACGCAGGAGUAAGUCACGCUCACCGCGAAGGAGAACUCCACCAAGGUCUGCCUGGCCAUCCCGCAGAAGUGGACGCUAUGACAGGUCGCCGCCCCUUAGACGAAGAAGUCGCAGCAAAGAUCGUCAGAGUCAUCGAGUUAGACGGCGAUCCGACAGUCAUUCAAGGUCUGGAAGCAGUAGCCACAGCAGUGACAGCAGCAGCCGGUCUUCAUCUUCAUCUAGUGAUUGA